UCUUCAACUCAUCUUAUUAUGUUUAAAAGGACGGAAUCGGAUAGAGAUGAAAUUGUCUUUCAUAGAGACAGGUGCAAUGCACCAACCUACCAGGCAGGAUUUGGUUAGAUAGUAAACUAGCUCUUCUUCUACCUUCCCGUGGUACCCUUCUUGCAGAGGAGGAAGAUGCAUAGGAUCGUCAAACCCAAGUUUAUUUUCAGAAGAAAACCUUUCUCUGCUGCUUUCUCCACCUCCUUACUCUUCGACGAUACUCAGAAACAGUUUAAAGAAAGUGUUGCGCAAUUUGCUAAGGAAAACAUUGCUCCUUAUGCGGCAAAAAUAGACCAAACGAAUUCAUUCCCACAGGAGGUUAACUUGUGGAAACGAAUGGGAGAUUUCAAUCUCCUUGGCAUUACUGCACCAGAGGAAUAUGGAGGCCUUGGCCUUGGGUACCUGUACCACUGUUUAGCAAUGGAAGAAAUAAGCCGUGCCUCUGGAUCUGUUGGACUUUCCUAUGGUGCUCAUUCUAACUUGUGUAUAAAUCAGCUGGUGAGGAAUGGAAGCGCUGCUCAGAAGCAAAAGUUCUUGCCCAAGCUCAUUUCUGGAGAGCAUGUGGGAGCUUUGGCAAUGAGUGAGCCGAAUGCUGGUUCUGAUGUUGUUAGCAUGAAAUGCAAGGCUGAUCGGGUAGAUCAGGGUUAUGUAAUUAAUGGAAACAAGAUGUGGUGUACCAAUGGUCCAGUUGCUGAAACAUUAGUUGUUUAUGCAAAAACAGACACAAAAGCAGGGUCAAAAGGAAUUACAGCCUUCAUUAUCGAGAAAGGAAUGCCAGGCUUCAGUACUGCCCAGAAAUUGGAUAAACUCGGGAUGCGAGGGAGUGAUACAUGUGAGCUUGUCUUUGAGAAUUGCUUUGUUCCAAAUGAAAAUGUUCUUGGACAAGAAGGAAAAGGAGUCUAUGUCAUGAUGUCGGGGUUGGAUUUAGAGAGGCUUGUUUUGGCAGCUGGUCCUUUGGGUAUCAUGCAGGCAUGUCUUGAUGUUGUUCUUCCUUAUGUUCGACAAAGAGAGCAGUUUGGGCGUCCUAUUGGGGAAUUUCAAUUUAUGCAGGGGAAAAUUGCCGAUAUGUACACUUCUCUACAGUCUUCAAGGUCUUAUGUGUAUUCUGUUGCUCGAGAUUGUGACAAUGGAAUAAUUAAUCCAAAGGAUUGUGCUGGAGUCAUUCUUUGUGCAGCUGAAAGAGCAACUCAGAUUGCUUUGCAGGCUAUACAGUGUUUAGGCGGAAAUGGCUAUGUGAAUGAGUAUACAGUUGGUCGUCUUCUUAGAGAUGCAAAGCUAUACGAGAUUGGAGCAGGAACGAGUGAGAUCAGAAGAAUGAUUAUUGGACGUGAGCUCUUCAAGGAACAUUGACACUGCCAUGAUCCUUGGUGGCUCUGGGCUUUUUAAAUGUCAAUAAUUUUCAAUUUCUUUUUUUUUUUUUUUUUUUUUUUUUGGGUUACAAGGCAUUGGCGUCGGAUAGCAUAGAGACGAAACUCUUGACAUGUGAUGUUCAAACCAAACCAAUUCAAUAUUUGUUCGUAAAAAAGGUUUAGUGAUUUGAAUUUCACAUGAAAAAUUAGUGAAGUUUGACUACGAAAUAUUCUGUAACUAAAAUACCCAUUUCUUUUC